GGAGGAGUAGUGGAGUGGUGGAGUGGUGGGAGGAGGAGUGUGUGCUGGUCUUCUGCUGCUGCUGCUUCAUUACUCCAGCUGAGGAGUGGUGACGAUGACGGACAGACUGGUUGGAUGUGUGCAGAAGGAGGAAGGCCUGGUGAUUCCGGAUGACUGGCCUGGUUAUAAUUUGGAGCUGUUUAAUUACCCAGAGCAUUACCGAGGUGAUAUCGAGAGUGUGCUCAUCCCACAUGGAGUGAUCAUGAACAGGAUAGAGUGUUUAGCCCGGGAUAUCCUGGAGGAGAUAGGCCAUCACACGCUGAUGGUGCUCUGUGUUCUCAAAGGAGGAUACAAGUUCUGCUCCGACCUGGUGGAUUCCAUCAAAUCCCAGAGCCGAAGCACCAACCGCCAACUCACCACAAGGGUGGAGUUCAUACGCCUCAAGAGCUACCUGAAUGACCGCUCCACUGAGGACCUGCACAUCAUCGGGCCUGAGGAUCUCUCCAUCUUCAAAGGAAAGAAUGUGUUGAUUGUUGAGGCCAUAGUGGACACAGGGAAGACGAUGAAGGCCCUGCUGCAGCAUGUGAAGAUGUUCCAGCCCAAGGCUGUUAAGGUGGCUGGCCUCCUAGUGAAGCGAAUCCCAAAAGGAUCUGAAACACUUCCAGACUAUGUUGGAUUUGUCAUCCCGAAUCGUUUUGUUGUGGGAUACGCACUCGACUACAAUGAGUACUUCAGAGACCUCAAUCAUAUCUGUGUGAUCAGUGAAACAGGAAAACAGAAGUAUAAAGUCUAAAACUGAGACAUUUCUGCAACAACAGAGGUCAACACAAUGCCUGAUCCAGCUACAACAAAGAUACACCAAUGUUUUUUCCCAACAGCUGUGAGAAAAAUAGUUAAUAAUGUGGCAUUUCUCACCAUGUUUGUAUUACAUUUUAUAUAAAAAUAACCAGAUAUUGUACAGAUGGAACAUUUAAAGUGACAGUUUGUAUUGUGUAAGUAAACAGUGGGUCAUUCUCUGGAUGAUAACAGGGAUAAUAAAGUAUGUAGAGAAACAGA